AUGCCUUCAAGUGAUUAUGUUGUUCCCUAUGGUUUUGAUUUUGGAAGUUACAUGACACAGGCUGGAAAUACCGAUCACUACAAUUCUUCAGCAGAUUUUCGAACAAUCAUGGGAUUUCCAAAGGAAAAACCAAUCAUGGCCUUAUUAUUGGAUUCGGAGAGAAAUUAUGGAUCAAGUAGAAUGAAGGAAGGCUGGAUUGGAGAUGAAGUAUUUUGGAAGAGUGGAAUUGCUCGUUUGGAAUAUCCUAUUCGGAGAGGAAUUGUUAAGGAUUGGAAUUUAUUUGAGUUGUUUCUAGAGUUUGCCUUUUCGAAUGCUUGUAGAAUAUCGAGUGCUGAACAUCCAAUAAUUGUUACUGAUUCUCCUUUUGUCAGAUCGAAAAUGACUGAAUUGAUGUUUGAGAGAUUUAAUGUUCCUGCUUUUGCAAUGAUCAAUUGUGCAAUGGCCAGUUGUAUGCAUUAUGGAAGAACAACUGGAACAAUUGUAACUUCUGGAGAGGGAAAAACUUUCGUACAAUCAUUUUAUGAAGGCUAUUUGUUGAAGGAAUCUAUUGUAAAGAUGGAAGUUGGAGGUUGGGAUAUUACUGAAAAUCUUCAAAGAAUGCUCAAUCAAAAAGGACAUUCUUUCAAGACUUCAAGUGACUUUGAAGUUGUGAGAUUGAUUAAGGAAAAGCUAUCCUUUUUAAAGAUGAGUGAAGCUGAAAUGAUGGUAGAGAAAGAAUAUGAGCUACCAGAUGGAAAUAUUAUCAAUUUGGGAGAGGAAUUGCACGAAUGUGUCGAGCCAUUAUUUAACCCACAUUUGGCUGGACUUGAUUGUUUGGGCGUUCAUGAGCUUGUUACCAAAUCAAUUCAAGAUUGUACUAUUGAUGUGAGGAUGGAUCUGUAUAGAAAUAUAUUACCUGCUGGCGGUAAUACAAUGAUUUCUAAUUUUACUGGUCGAUUGAAAUGUGAAGUUGAAGCAUUGGCUCCACCUAAUGCCAAAGUCAAAGUUAUAGAUGAUGCAUCGAGAAAGUAUUCGGCUUGGAAUGGAAUGGCAACUCUUUCUAACAUGUCAAGCUUUCAAGAUAAGUGGUACACAAAAGAAUACUAUGAGGAGAAUGGGUCGUCUUCUUUACUGAGGAGUUGUGUUAAUUUUUCUGGGUAG